UGCAUCUCUCUGUCACUCCAUGCACACAGGUCAUUGUUAACAAGCAAGUGGGAAGUAAACCUUUAAUAACAAUUCAAAUAGAGGGAUAAUAUUGUGGACGCGCCGCUCGUAAUGUAACAACUGUGGCAAGCGCAGGAUGUUUGAGAGGUUAACCAUGCUGAAUCUCCAGAACACUUCCAACUGGAGUGGAUCCAAUGACUGGUACCAUCAGCAGAGCAACGGCCCCAGCCAGCAGCACAGCACCGAUGACUGCCUGGUGGACGUGGAUGGGAGGAUGGCAGGAAGAGGAGGACAUGUAGAAAGAGUUGAAGGAGAAGAGGCUCAACUGAGGCUGCAGUUAAAAAGGAAACUCCAGCGCAACAGAACCAGCUUCACAACCGAGCAGAUCGAGGCCUUGGAGAAGGAGUUUGAGAGAACACAUUAUCCGGAUGUUUUCGGACGAGAGCGACUUGCAAACAAAAUCGACCUUCCAGAGGCGCGGAUACAAGUGUGGUUUUCAAAUCGAAGAGCCAAAUGGAGGCGCGAGGAGAAGCUGCGAAACCAGAGGCGGUCUGGAGGCGGGACGUCCUGUGCUCAAACACACGCUCCACUGAACACAUCCUUUAAUUCAGCCGUAUAUCAUCAUCCGCACAGCACAGCAGCAUCCAUGAUCAGCCAGAGUGACGCAGCUCUCUCCAGUUAUAACUCUCUCUCAGUCUAUACUGGGCUCCAGUCUGCUCCUUCUCCAUCUUCCUCCUCGUACUCCUGUAUGCUGUCUGCGUCUCCGUCAUACUCCUCUCCUCACCUGACAGCGCCUCCUUCAGGCAACACCAGCACAGGUCUGAUUUCUCCAGGGGUUUCUGUACCGGUCCAGGUUCCAGGAAAUGACCCAAACAUGUACUGGGCCAGACUGCAGUAAGAUUACGGGAGGAAGAUCUUGCUUUAGAAUAUCAAAUAUUAAUGUUUACAAAAGAUUUUAGAACAAAUUGUUUUCCACUCAAAGGAGAGCGAUCCUCUAAUGGUUGGACCUAAAAAACAAAACUCCUUAUUUUAGCCAUUCUUUUUCUAGAUCUAAUGACAGUGUGUCAUAUUUGUUUCCAUUCAAUUUCAGACAAUCAGGAAUGUAUAUGAAUUAUAUCAUGAUGCAUUGUGCAAGACUGAAGUGUUGUUUUUAGAAUUGGUGACUCAGUUCCUGCAUUUAAGCAACUUCUCUGAACUGAGUUUUGUUAUUAUAACUCAUGUAACAACAUGAUUCUGGUUUCAAUUUCUUUUAUGAUAAGCCCUAAUUUCUCCACAGUUAUCUCAGUCCUUGUAGUCAAAUUUUUGUUGGGAUCAUUUUCAUGAUAUGGUAACACUCAGUAAGCUUGUGACAAUCAAGGCAGGGACUGACAAUCAUGUGAUUUGCACUCAAGACCAAUGAACAAAUCAAUUAUUAAAAAGCCGUCAGCAAAGCAAGGGUUUAGUAUGCAACGUUUUUUGCCAACACAAUCUCGAGUGUAAAGCUCAUCUGCAAAUCCAAAGUGUUGUUGUUUAAAUUCAGUAGAGUUGUGAUCAGUUUCUCUUGUUCUUUACUUCUUUGUUCAAAUUUAUAUUGUCAUACAGUAUAUUCAUAAGUAUGUUUGAAUAUUGGGAGACUAUGUCUGUACUUAAACUAUUGUGUGUGUAUGUGUGUGUGUGAGAGAGAGAGUGAGAGAAAAAGAAAUGAAAUAUUUACAGUGUACAAAUUAAGUCUGAGCACUAGUGAAAUAGCAACUGUCUUCAUUUCACACACAAACGCGCACACUCACACUUUGCUUACAAAAUACAAUUCCAUGAAGAGUUGAACUGAAAAAUGAACAAAAAAUGAACGUCUUUGUACUGUAAGUAUGUCUACUUUUUGCUUUAAUGUCAACAGCAUAUUCUUUAAAAAAAAUGUUUUAUAUAAAUGUUAAAGUCGUAAAACAUUCUGUUUAUUUCGAAAACCUAAAAUAUUGUUUACUUCUAGAAAAAUCCCAGGUUGUGGAUGUUCACUCGCUCCAGUCAAUCCAUUUCAUGCAUUAAACCCUUUAAUAAAACAUUUAUCUGGCAA